AUGGUGACCACAAGAAACACUAACACCGAGGAUCAGACAGAGAUGUUGAGGUUGAUGGAGCAGAGAAUGAUGGAGAUGCAGCGAAAGCACGAAGAGGAGAUGGCCGCGGUGAGGGCUGAAUGUUUGGCCCAGAUCGCGAAGAGUAAGAACGGGGGAAACGGAGGCGAGCAAGGUGAGGGAGCAGGAGAGAAGCGGAUACCAUUGGAGGGGGAAAACAGUAGUGCUCACGCAGAGGGAAGAGAGGAGAGGGGAAACAAAGAUAGCCAAUCACUGGUUAAGGUGGAGGAGUCAACCACUAUGGUGUCGUUCGUGCGGGAAAUUAUGGAAGUACACAUAUCGGGGCAGUUUGUACCGCCUCAAUUCAAGAUGUACGACGGGACAUCCGACCCGACCGCCCACGUUAAGUCAUUCAUCAACGCCAUGACCUUCCGCACCGGGUGUGAUGCCAUUUGGUGUAGGGCGUUCUCUAUGUCCCUGGAAGGAGAAGCUUUAGAAUGGUUUAACUCGUUACCAGUUAAUUCCAUUGAGAACUUCAAGAGUUUGGGAGAAAUGUUCAAAAGGCAAUUUGCCGCGAGCAAUAUGGAGGAUGUGACGGUGGUAGACCUGAUGAAUCUGAAGCAGGGUAAGGAAGAAUCUCUGAAGUCUUUCAUGGAUCGGUAUCAGAAAACAGUCCGCAGAGUUAGGGGCCUGAGUUUAGAACUAGCCCUCCAGUAUGUAAUGCCUGCAUUGAGACCAGGCCCUUUUAAAGACAGUGUGUGCCGGAAUCCCCCUAGUACAAUGGAGGAAUUGAGGAAACGGGCGGCCGAUGAGGCUCGGGUGGAGAAUAUGAAACAAAAUUACCGACGAGAACAGCAGGAGGCUAAGGCCGAGAAGGGGGACAGUAGAAAAGGUGAAGGCCAAGGAAGCAAACCGAACGGACCUAGACUCAGAGAAGGGCCGAGGGGCCCCAGAUUCCCGCAUUACACUCCUCUCAACGCCCCCAGAGCCCGGAUACUGCAAGAGGCGCUGAGCACUCAAGUCUUAUCAACACCUCAGAAGCGGCCCACGCCUCCAGGGGCGGACCUGAGUAAGCGAUGCCUAUAUCACCAAAACUCUGGACAUGAUACGGAGGAUUGCGUGACGUUGAAAGACAAGAUUAAGGAGCUCAUCCGAAUGGGGCAGCUGCAACAAUAUGUUAGAAGAGAAGACGUCCACCGAACGGAGGGACCGUCCAGAAGAGAACAUUUAUAUACGAGACCGGCUAGUCCGACCAGAAACAUCAGAAGGGAAACGAACUACCGGACGUAUGAUCGUCCGCCUAGAGAUCAGGGAAGGCGGACGGACAGAAGAGACAGGAGCCGCAGUAGGGACGCCUCGAGAGGACCUUUGAGAGGAACGAUAAACACCAUCUCCGGAGGCUUUGCCGGAGAGGGGUCCACUUCGUCCGCCAGGAAAAGGAGUAUCAGGGCGCUGAGAUCCAUACAUGCUGUCGACAUCCGAAGGAGAUCGAUGCCACCUAUCACCUUCUCGGACGAGGAUUUUCAUGCCCCGGACCCCGAUCAGGAUGACCCAAUGGUCAUCAACAUUGAGAUAGCCCGUUACGGAGUGAAUAGGGUAUUGGUGGACCAGGGCAGCUCGGUCAACAUACUGUACUGGAGGACUUUCCUCCAAAUGGACAUAUCGGAGGACCUCAUCGUUCCUUAUGACGAACAGAUUGUGGGAUUCGCCGGAGAACGAGUAGACACGAAGGACUAUAUCGACCUUAACACCCGCUUGGGGACGGGGCGGGAGAGCGAGGAGAUGAAGGUAAGAUUCAUACUAGUGGAUGCAAGUACCGCUUACAAUGUUUUGUUGGGACGACCAUGUCUUAAUGCGUUUGGGGCGAUUGUCUCCACCCCCCACUUGACAAUGAAGUAUCCCACCCGAAGGGGGACUAUUUGCACAGUAAGAGCCAAUCAAAAAACGGCCAGAGAGUGCUACGCGGUUGGUUUACGCAUAUACCCGAAGGAAGAGAAGCGAAAGGUAAGCCGGUCCGAGGUCGCUUUGGCCGACCUUGACCCGCGAACUGAUACAGACGAUCGGCUGGAACCGGUGGAGGAAACCCAGCCUAUAUUGGUAGGGGCUAAGGCCGACCAAACCACCACUAUAGCAAGGGGAUUACCGGAGGUGAUUGAGAAGGAGCUGCGGAGUAUGCUGUGGAACAACCGAGACUUGUUCGCCUGGACGGCAGCAGAUAUGCCGGGAAUACAUCCGUCUGUGAUGUCUCACAAGUUAUCGUUAUACAAGGACGCCCGUCCAAUUUCCCAGAAGAAACAAAAGAUGGGAGACGAGAAGAGAAGGGCGGUGGAGGAAGAAGUGCGAAAACUAAAGGAGGCAGGGUUUAUCAAGGAAGUGACGUACACAACUUGGUUAGCCAACGUAGUAAUGGUGAAAAAGGCGAACGGGAAGUGGCGGAUGUGUACAGAUUACACGGAUUUGAACAAGGCGUGCCCCAAAGAUUCUUACCCUUUGCCGAGCAUAGACGCUCUAGUGGACGGCGCUUCCGGACAUAAGAUACUCAGUUUCUUGGAUGCUUACUCCGGAUACAAUCAAAUCCCAAUGCAUUCCCCUGAUCGAGAGAAGACCGCCUUCAUGUCGGACCGGGCCAAUUAUUGUUACGAGGUAAUGCCGUUCGGAUUGAAGAAUGUGGGGGCCACCUACCAGAGGCUGAUGGAUAGGGUCUUCGCCAAACAGAUUGGGCGUUGCAUGGAUGUGUACAUCGACGACAUGGUGGUCCGGUCGCCCGAUGAGCAGAGCCACUUGCGUGACUUGGAGGAAGUCUUUGGCGAAGUCCGGAGGUACGGGAUGAGGUUGAAUCCGGCGAAGUGCACUUUUGGGGUAUCCGGAGGAAAAUUUCUUGGCUUCAUGCUGACAUCCCGGGGAAUUGAGGCUAAUCCAGACAAAUGCGAGGCCAUCCUGAAAAUGCCGAGCCCGACGACCUUGAAAGAUAUCCAAAGGUUAGUCAGACGUCUCACGGCUUUGUCCCGAUUCAUCCCGAAAUUGGCCGAGCGGGCAAGGCCAAUCAUGAAGAAAAUGAAGAAAGAGGCUCUUAGCAAAUGGGAUGUUGAAUGCGAACAGGCCUUCGCCCAGGUAAAGGAGAUUUUGAUGAACCCACCGGUAAUGAAUCGCCCGAACAAGGGAGCGGAGUUACACGUCUACCUGGGAGUUUCAGACACUACUAUAAGUGUCGUUUUAGUCCAAGAGCUUCCUACACCGAAGCUUGUGUAUUUCGUUAACCGCACGCUGCAAGAUGCCGAGACCCGGUACCGACAGGUGGAGAAGGUCGCGCUGGCCUUGCUCCAUGCCGCACGGCGGCUGCGACCCUAUUUCCAGAGCCACCAGGUGGUUGUCCGAACCAACCACCCAAUCUCCAAGGUGCUAAGAAAGCCCGACCUGGCCGGACGGAUGGUAGCGUGGGCAAUAGAAUUAUCCGAGUUCGGAAUGCGCUAUGAACCCAGGGGUUCCAUAAGGGGGCAACAUCUUGCAGACUUCGCUGCAGAAUUGCCACCGGCGGAAAACGACCUUUGGAGCUUAUAUGUUGACGGAGCUUCUGAUAAGAAUGCAAGCGGGGCCGGCAUCGUCCUCGAGGGGCCGAACGGUUUUCUUUUAGAGCACUCCCUUUUGUUCAAAUUCAAAACAUCCAACAACCAGGCAGAGUACGAAGCCCUAGUGGCGGGCCUUGAACUGGCCAAGGAUAUGGGAGCUAAGAAAUUGAUCUGUCGAACCGAUUCUCAGUUGGUGGUCGGUCAGAUGAACGGGAAGUUCCAAAUAAAGGAGGACCACCUCUCCACGUACUUCCAUAAGGCAUCCGCAUGGAUUUCGGAGUUCGAAGAGGCGGAUAUCCGGCACAUCCCCUGCGAGCAGAACGCGAGGGCGGACCUGUUGUCCAAGUUAUGUUCCGGCAAGGACAAAGGGCAGUUAACAACGGUUAUCAGGCAGGUCCUCCUGCAGUCGUCCGUCGAAUGCCAUGCCAUUACCACAGAUGCCGCCGACUGGAGGGGAGAAAUCAGAGAGCUAAUAAAGAAACAAGACGACGGAUGUAGCCUUCGGCCGGAAGAAACCAAAAGAAUAGCUCGUUUCCUGCUAGUAGGCGACGACAUGUAUAGAAGGGGAUUCUCCACCCCUCUACUCAAGUGCGUGUCCCGGGAAGAAGCGCAGUACGUGAUGGACGAGCUCCACAACGGGGUUUGUGGAUUCCACUCGGGGCAAAGAACUCUGAAAGCCCGGAUCCUAAGGGCCGGCUACUAUUGGCCCACUAUGGAAGAAGACUCUCGCGUUUUCACCAGAAAAUGUUUACGGUGUCAAGCGCAUGCCAAUGACCUCUGGCCCCGCCCCAUCUUUUGCAUUCUAUCACAGCCCCGUGGCCUUUCUCCCAGUGAGGCAUGGACAUAG